GGUUGCGGUGUUCCCGCCAUCAGUCCUCUUAUCUCCGGCUACGCCAGGGUUGUGAACGGUGAAAACGCUGUCUCUGGUUCUUGGCCAUGGCAGGUGUCUCUUCAGAACAGCACUGGAUUCCACUACUGUGGCGGCUCCCUCAUCAACAGUCUCUGGGUUGUCACUGCUGCCCACUGCACAGUCAGAUCUUCCCACCGUGUGGUCCUGGGUGAACACGACCUUUUCUCCAAUGAUGAGCCCAUCCAGGUCAAGUCCAUCGGCAGAUUCUUCAGUCACCCCCAGUACAACACCCAGACCGACGUCAAUGACAUCGCCCUGAUCAAGCUUUCCAGUCCCGCCACCCUCAAUGACCGCGUGUCCGCCGUGUGUCUUGCUGCUUCCUCUGAUGUCUUCAGUGGAGGAGAAAGAUGUGUCACCUCCGGAUGGGGAUACACCAAUGCUGCCACACUAGCUAAGCCAGCUAAACUCCAGCAGGUGGCUCUUCCUCUUCUGACCAACCCUGAGUGCCAGAGAUAUUGGGGAACCAAAAUCAAGGACACCAUGAUCUGCGCUGGUGCCUCCGGUGCCUCCUCUUGCAUGGGUGACUCUGGUGGCCCCCUUGUGUGCCAGAGGAACGGAGCCUGGACCCUGGCCGGUGUUGUGUCUUGGGGCCGCUCUACCUGUUCUCCAUAUUUUCCCGGAGUCUACGCCCGCGUCACCUCCCUCAGAUCCUGGGUGGACCAGACUGUUGCCGCCAACUAA